AGAAGGCCACCGAAUAUCUAAAAAUUUCCGGAAAAAUGCAAAAGAAAAAGAAGAAAAAAAUGAUUUUUCAUUUUUCUGCAAAAUCACAGUUCCCUUCUCUGACUUCCCUCUGCCUCCGCUCCUUCCUCCGUUCUACUCCUAAAUCUCGCUUCUAUCUCUCCUCUGCUACGAAUUUCCGAUCCUUUCUUCGUCCUUCCCGUCCGGUGCCUUCCCUUGCAUGCUGCGUCAGCACCGGCGGCAGCGUUCGCAUGGACUCUCCCUCACAGGACGCAGCGGCGUCACUCGAGUCGGUGACGAACGAUUUCAAGAAUCAGAGCUUGGAGGAUGAUCAGAGUGGCGACGGCGACAGAAAAAAUGUUAAAUUGAAGCUUGAAGAUCUGAACUGGGACCACUCCUUUGUUAGAGAACUGCCUGGUGAUCCCCGAAGCGAUAACAUUCCUCGCCAGGUAUUUCAUGCGUGUUAUUCAAAAGUUUCUCCAUCGGCUGAAGUGGAGAAUCCUCAGCUUGUUGCAUGGUCAGAUUCAGUUGCCAAGUUGUUUGAUUUGGACCCUAAAGAAUUUGAGAGGACAGAUUUUCCCCUCUUGUUUUCCGGGGCUUCUCCUUUGGUGGGAGCGGUGCCUUAUGCACAGUGCUAUGGAGGGCAUCAAUUUGGCAUGUGGGCUGGCCAGUUAGGUGAUGGCCGUGCAAUAACUCUUGGGGAGAUUCUGAAUUCAAAGUCUGAAAGGUGGGAAUUGCAGCUUAAAGGUGCUGGGAAGACACCAUAUAGUCGUUUUGCGGAUGGUCUUGCUGUGCUGCGUAGUAGCAUUCGGGAAUUCCUUUGCAGUGAAGCAAUGCACUUUCUUGGAAUCCCAACAACCCGUGCCCUUUGUCUUGUGACAACGGGAAAAUAUGUGACUCGAGACAUGUUUUAUGAUGGUAAUCCAAAGGAUGAGCCAGGUGCAAUUGUUUGCAGAGUUGCACAGUCCUUUCUGCGCUUUGGUUCUUUCCAAAUUCAUGCUUCAAGGGGAAAAGAGGACCUUGAGAUUGUUCGUACUUUGGCAGACUAUGCCAUUAGACAUCACUUCCCUCAUCUUGAGAACAUGAGUAGAAGUGAGAGUUUGUCUUUUAGCACUGGAGAUGAGGAUCAUUCAGUCGUGGAUCUAACCUCAAAUAAGUAUGCAGCAUGGGCAGUGGAGGUUGCUGAUCAUACUGCUUCUUUGAUUGCAAGCUGGCAGGGAGUUGGUUUUACUCAUGGUGUGCUGAACACUGACAACAUGAGCAUUUUGGGUCUGACAAUUGAUUAUGGUCCUUUUGGAUUUUUGGAUGCUUUUGAUCCUAGUUACACGCCAAAUACAACAGAUAUUCCAGGGAGAAGAUACUGUUUUGCAAAUCAGCCUGAUAUUGGCCUAUGGAAUAUUGCACAGUUUGCUACAACUCUUUCAGCUGCCCAGUUGAUAAAUGAUAAAGAAGCUAAUUAUGCCAUGGAAAGGUAUGGAACAAAAUUUAUGGAUGAGUAUCAAGCCAUAAUGACUAGGAAACUUGGCCUAGCAAAAUACAAUAAGCAGCUGAUCAGUAAACUGCUCAAUAAUAUGGCUGUUGACAAAGUUGACUACACAAAUUUUUUCCGGUCACUUUCCAAUAUCAAAACAGAUCAAAACAAUUCAGAAGAGGAGUUGUUGGUUCCACUGAAGGCUGUUCUGCUGGAUAUUGGCCAGGAGCGCAAGGAGUCAUGGAAAAGUUGGGUGCAAUCCUACAGACAAGAGCUUGUUGCUAGUGGCAUCUCAGAUGAGCAAAGGAAGGCUGCAAUGGAUUCGGUAAACCCUAAAUAUAUCCUCAGGAACUAUCUGUGCCAGAGUGCCAUUGAUGCAGCUGAACUUGGAGAUUUUGGUGAGGUUCGAAGGCUGCUUAAAAUCAUGGAAAGGCCAUUUGAUGAGCAACCAGGAAUGGAAAAAUAUGCUCGCUUGCCCCCAGCAUGGGCUUAUCGUCCAGGAGUUUGCAUGCUUUCUUGUUCCUCUUGAGUUGUUUUACUUGCCAUUACAUUAUGCAAAUACCAUAAAUGUCUAGGGAAUCUUGCUGUAUAUAAUAGCGAAGAGAUUUUUCUUAAUUCUUCCAGUUGACAAUAAUAACUUACACUUGUACACGGGACAUCCUUGUUACUUCAUCAGUCAUGAUUUUAAUUUCAAAAAAGCCUAUUUUCCCCC